CCUUUUAUUUUAUUUUAUUUUUUAUUUUAUUUUCUUUUACUCCUUCUGGGGACAAUUAUUGAAAGCUGAACUUCUGUUUCUCCCUGAUGAUGGCUCUCAGGGAACUUUGAAGUGCCAGGGUUGCUGCCAGGGCGUCCCUCUCCAACGUCCAGUGGGAUAUGCGAUUCACGGACACAGUUUCACAUUCGUUAGGUGGUUUCCACCUCCAUGGCUGGUGAAUUCUGAAAGAAAAUACUUGUUUCUGCUUUGGCACUUCCUGGAUUGAAUGCUCUCUCGCCAUGUUAGGCUCUGCCGCGACGGCGACAGCUGCUCUAGCGAUUGCUGGUUUAGUAAUACUGUUCACACUCUCCUUGAUCUAUUUGAUUCGACUCAAGAAUGCUUCAUCUAGGCGUGGAAAAUCGCGACAUACAGUUCACCUCCUCGUUGUUCUGGGGAGCGGCGGACACACUGAAGAGAUGCUCUCGAUGAUGAGAUACGCGCGUCUGGAUCCUUGGAUCUAUGCGCAACGGACCUAUCUUGUCAGCUCUGGGGACUCGUUCAGCGCAAGGAAAGCAGCCGAGCUUGAACGCGAGAUUUCUCAGACCGCCCGCUCCACCUUCCCGUCAAAAGAAGCAAAAGCAAGGGCUUCACGUUCGAAAGCGCGCCCGGAUCACUCUUUAUUACCCGCAGCAUCGUCAAAUGUCCAAACAGACUAUGCUAUUGUCACCAUUCCUCGAGCGAGAAAGGUACACCAAAGCUUUUUAACUGCCCCCCUUUCGACUCUUCACUGCCUCUGGGCAUGUUUCUUGGUGCUUCAAGGCAAGCAUCUGGAUCAAAUGACUUUAAAUCCCGCACAGUCCCGUUCUCCAGCUUAUCCAGACGUCAUUUUGACCAAUGGGCCGGGAAUAGCAGUCUGUGUGGUUAUCGCUGCUCGAAUGGUGCGCCUCUUCAACUGGCUAUUCGCCAUCCCCCCGCCGCCCUUUGAAAAGUUGGGAAAAACACGUCGUGGUAAGGAAAGGAGGUACCUCCGAACCAUUUUCAUCGAGUCCUGGGCGCGCGUAACGACCCUAAGCUUGUCCGGGAAACUUAUUCUUCCGAUUGUGGACCGGUUCCUGGUUCAAUGGAAACCCUUGGAGGGAUAUUCGAGCUGGAAUGGAAAGAAAACGGAGUAUGUAGGAACGCUCCUGUGUUGAUUAAGCAGAGCCUUUCUGUCAUCACGAUUCAUUGGUGCAAACUCAACAAGUUAGUACUAGGGUGAUAAUAUGAAGCACCAAACUUCGUGUUUUCACAAACGAGAGAACAGAGGGCAAGAAUGUGCUGCUAGAACUUGAAAACUAUCAUUCCCGCAACUGGGGUCCUCCAGUUUAACUCCAGCGCCAGCGCCAAUCUAAAGCGUAACUAUUAAUGGCGAAGUUGUUUUGCG